AAAUUGGCGCGGAGAGAAAUCGCCGGCACUAUCAGUUGCAAUCGGACCCCUCACAAGAACAUACCAGAACGACAUAUUCCUAAUUCAAAUAUUACAUGGGUUUCGAGUGAACACGUGUUCUUCAAGACGUCCAGAUGCUGCUGAUGAGGGCAAAGUUGUUCUUAGGUUUACUUGUGCUGUAUUGGUUCCUUGCUUCGCCGGCGGAAGCAAGACGUGGCCGCGCCAGAAGCAGAGCCAGAAGUAAGGUACAAAUUGGUUUACCUAUUACUGGAAAAUACAGAGAUCCAGAAUCAGAUCAAUAUUACAACAAUAAUGAUGGAGCGAAAAUUCUGCUUGCAUCGCACUUUGAUCUUGAAUACGUGUUGGGGCAUAAAAUAGCUUUUUUGUGCAUAGCCAAAGGAUCGCCUCGACCACAUAUUACAUGGUUUAAGGACGGAGUGGAAAUAUUUGCUCACCAUUACUUGCACAUCCAUGAAUGGCCAAUAGGAGAGGAUCGUGUGAAGUCGAAAAUUGAAAUUGACCCGGCGACACAAAUGGACGCCGGCGUGUACGAAUGUACUGCGGACAAUAUGUACUCUAUUGACCGACGUUCUUUCAAAACAGAUUUCUCCAUCGCCUUCGAUUGAACGAGAUGGCAACUUUUAAGUAUCAAAGACAAUCGAUUGUCUGACUUCUUUAAAGUUCUGGUUUAAUAAUAAAAAUAUUUUUGGUUUAUAAUAAUGGUAUGCUAAUCAAAGACAUUACAUACUCGUAUAUAUUGUAUUAAUUGGUAUAUAAAUUAUUGCAAACAAAUGCACCAUGUAUUAAGCGU